UACUUUUUCAGUUCCCCUUCUGCAUCUUACAGUUUUGUCACAUACUUGAUGUCAACGUUUGCAGAGGCACAGAUGUCAGGACUGUCCAUGCGACUGAACGACGAAUCUAAUUCUAAUCCUAACUUCAGCUGGGUGCUUUUGUCAUAGUAUCUACACCUUAAUCCUCAGUGGAACUUUCGAGUAAUGAGCCACCUCUGCGUGAGUAAAGCAUUUGAAUUGAGAAGUGAAGAAGUAUGAAUACAGUCAAGAGGAAACAUUUUCUUAUAUAAAUUUGAAGUUGGGUUGUCACAGCAAUAGACGAAAGCAUAGGUGAGUGAGGACAUUUUGUUGGCGCACUGUAAAAAAACGAAAAUCCCUCAUCAUGAGUUAUGUGUGUGGCUUGCCAGUUGGUAAACUCUCCACCAUUUGGCUGCUGGUGACUCUCAGUCUCUGGGGAAAACUGUCUGCUUACAUUGCCCGACACUGUGAGAACUUUGACAAGGAGCAACUCACUGACAUGGGGAAUACCGUCCCGUGCUGGCAUGGGCCUGAUCUGUGGCCGUAUGCCGAAUGCAAUGUGACCAAUCUGAAAAAAGACCUCACGGAGGUGAAGCCGGGCAUCAAGACACUCUGCGUCCAUCAGAACGACUUGAUCAUUCACCACAGGGCUUUCUCUCGUUUCCCCUCACUAAAGCAUCUCCAUAUCACGGGAUUUCACAUCAAGAGGGUUGAGUCCGGCGCCUUUACUGGUCUGCCAAACCUCACGAGUCUAUUUCUUCAGUUUCAUGACGCCGCGUGGAGGGACGUUUCUUUGGACCCUGGGGUGUUUGAAGGUUUGGAGCAUCUAGAGGGGCUGGACAUAAGUGGUUUAAAGUUGCCUGGUGUUUCAAAUGAAAUCUUCAAACCCCUGCUAGGGCUUGCAAACUUGCACUUGUGGAGAAUUGGUUCAACCGACCUUGGAGAGGUUUUCUGCCUGCUCCCCAUUGGUAUGUCAAAUCUGCACAAUCUGACGCUGGACGAGAGCCACAUCACAGCUAUCAAAAACCAAGGUUGCGCCACGGGCACGAAGGAGUGGCCCACUGCUGUUCUGUCUCAAGUAAAAGUGCUCAGUCUACUAGGGACGCCUGUUGCCACCAUAGAGACAGACUCUCUGAAAAUGUUCCAGAAUCUCUCUAGUCUCUCUUUGACUUUUCGAGGAAAGUCAGUUAGCACAAUCUGGGAAUCUGGAAUUGGGCAGGUGAUGGAACUUCAGCUGAGUGGGCAAGUUGUUGAAAAACUGCAUGUUGACUUCAAGAGCCUCGGUCACCUAGUGUGUCACCUGGGAUUGAAGUCACUUACACUAAACAAUGUCCAGGCUGAGACAUUAUCUGCUACAGAUAAUAACGAAACAUGUAUAAAACAAUUAGAAAAUUUUCUUCCAAUUCCUUUCGGAGAUGAGCAGCAAGAGGCUCAAGUCCUGGGAGAUUGA